UGCGAAGACCAUCUGUGUUCUGCCCCCACACUUCCACCAUCACAGACCCUGACAUUUAAGAGUCAGCAGCUGGGCGAGAUCAGGGCGAUAUCACUCAACCAUUAGCCCGUUCAUCCUCAUCCUCUAAUCCCACCCCUGCACCCCCGACGUCACAGCAUCAAACACGGCUGGAUCUGCACAAAUCCCACACUUGCGCUCUGAGCGGCCGGCAGAGCGCACCAUGUGCCACGAGAAGCGCGCUUUCAGGCGACGCGCUUGAACGCGGAUUGGUACGGAGCUGAGUGAGAGACUGGCUUCUUUCUGUUUUUUCUUCGGUUUCAUAUAAAUAUAUCUCAUUCGGAGGAAAGUGGAAAUUUUAACAUUUUCUUUAAAUGAACGCUGCCCGUUGAGGUGAAAGCAAACAAGGUUUAAAAUGAAUGAAGGACUUGAAAACAACUUGACUCAACUGAAUGACAACUGGACUUUUUACAACUCCUCCUUGGAGUCUGUCAUACCCAGGAGCAACAUCACUUAUGUUGGAUUUUACCUGCAUCAGCCAUCCACGGCAGCCAUCUUCAUCGUGUCCUACUUGCUGAUUUUCCUCGUGUGCAUGGUGGGAAAUGGAGUGGUGUGCUUCAUCGUGCUGAGGAGCAAAAAUAUGCGGACUGUUACCAACUUGUUCAUCCUAAACCUUGCUGUGAGCGACCUGCUGGUGGGGAUUUUCUGCAUGCCAACAACGCUUCUUGACAACAUAAUUACAGGAUGGCCUUUUGGAAGCUUGGUCUGCAAAAUGAGCGGCAUGGUUCAAGGGAUCUCUGUGUCAGCUUCUGUCUUCACACUUGUUGCUAUUGCUGUUGACAGAUUCAGAUGCAUCGUCUACCCAUUCAAGCAAAAGCUGACCAUCUCCACAGCCACACUGAUAAUAGUUAUCAUCUGGGUUCUGGCCAUAUCCAUCAUGUGUCCCUCUGGGGUGAUGCUACAAGUGACCAAGGAGCAAACCAUCCGGGUGUUGCUGGGAUAUGAUAACAAAACUAUUCCUUUUUAUUGGUGCAGAGAGAACUGGCCAAACCAAGACAUGAGAAAGAUUUACACCACAGUCCUGUUUGCCAACAUCUAUCUUGCCCCUCUUUCCCUCAUUGUGAUCAUGUACGCCCGGAUUGGGAUUACGCUUUUCAAAACAGCAGUUCCAACGGGAGGAAAGCCGGGCCACGAGAACCGCCACACGGUGUCCAAGAAAAAGCAACGCGUCAUUAAAAUGCUUCUGAUAGUUGCUUUGCUCUUCAUCCUGUCCUGGCUGCCUCUGUGGACUCUCAUGAUGUUGAGCGACUACGCCAGGCUGACUGAGCAACAGUACAGGAUCAUCAACAUUUACAUCUACCCCUUUGCCCACUGGCUGGCCUUCUUCAACAGCAGCGUCAACCCCAUCAUCUACGGUUUCUUCAAUGAGAAUUUCCGAAGAGGCUUUCAAGCAGUGUUCAAGUUCAGCCUGUGCACAGCCGACGGCCAGCGGAGGAAAACCUACUCGCACAGGCUGCAGGGAAACUCUGUCCUCCCUGCGAAUAAUGCACAGACCUGCCUGGAACCCAUCUCUCUCAACAGCUUGGAAAAGAACACGUCCAGGCGACUCAACCACGUCACCGAGCAGGAUUUGGUCAUGGAGGACCUGGAAAAGGCAUCUUGCAGUAGUGGGGGUGUGACUGCAGUGUCUAUUUGAGGACGCACACACAAACUUUGUUGUAGGUGGUGAGGAAAAAUGUUUGAAUCUUAAAUCAUGCUGUGCUGUGCCUAAGAAAACCACGAGGCUCCCUUAAAUAGAUUUUACAAGUGGAUGGCGAGCUGGAAAAUUUCAAUACAAUACAAGAUUUCAAGGCAAGAAAAUAAAUAAAAAUAAUAAAUACACAUCUUUAAGUGAUUAGUGUUAAAGGGAACACAGCCUUUGGUUGUAAAUCUUAUCACUUCAGAUGCACACGAUGUGUCACACGUGCUGGUUUGUAGCCAUCAAGGACAGGACUUAAUAUUCCUGCUGUCCAUUGCAGAACUGGUCAGUUAGACUUGUCGAUAUUGGUUUGAUAACAGGCUGCUGCCUUGCACACUUGACAUACAGAUGGUGUCAAAUUAAAGGGGAAAAAAAGCAGCCAACAACAUCAUGUAAGAUUUCAGGUCCAAAACUGUGAUGGAGGGAUGAGCGCCAUCCUUUCAAAAAUGCAUUUCUAGUCUUUUAAUGAUUCAUAACUUUUUAAGGAGCCCCUGUCAAACUUGAAGAAACUACCCUGAUCACGACAGAAACGUUUCAUUAUAGGAUAAAAAAAUAGACGUACAAAUCUGAGAGCAAAAUGCCCCUGAAAGCAUUCGAGAGCCCGCAGAUCCCUUCACAGUAAUGCUCAAGUGUUCUGGUGUUCCUUUAAUCUUAACCCAUCUGCACCAUAUAAAAUUUCUAUGUAUCAAUGUAUAAAGAUGCAUCAAACAUGACAGCAUGACACAUGCAGAGAAGAUUUCAAGAUUCAUGUAUACAAAUAAAAUUUCUGCUCUGUGUCUUUGUAGUGUGGCAAACUAUACAAACAAAAAUUCUCCCAACAUUUGUCUCGUAUUAUUCACUGCUGCUGCUGCUGAGACUUUAAGGAACUUUCAGACCACGUUGUGUGGUUUGUGUCACCUAAUGUUUAAAAUGCUUUAUUAAGUCAAACAACAUACACAAGAUAUAAAAGUCAAAGGGCUCAAAUGAGGAAUAAAGGAGUUUAGAAAAGAAGUGGAGGCUGAUGUAGCAAUUAUUAGCAAGUAUUAGUCAUCAUGAUCUUUUAUAUUCACAGAUGCAUUAAUACAUGGGAACAGUUCUUUUUGUUUUAAACAAGCGAGGCGUGUUUUUAUGCUCUGCUAUCACAGCCACAGCAUGUCACGCUCACUUCAGAGAUCAACUAACAAGUAAUUUCAGUAAAUAUGAAAUCUUUUUGUAUGACUCCUAUGCCAUUAAUCUAGAGGCUUACAACGAGCUUUUUUGUAACCCAGUUUGUAGCUGCUCCUAUAAAGAUGGUCCAGAAAGGUGACAUCUUUGCACAUGACAGUCGGAUAAGCAGCUAAGAAAAUGGAUGGCCUUCUUUGAAACAGAGUAACUCCAAAACCACAAAGAAAUACAGAGGAAAAAAACUGUUUGUGCAAAAGUGAUAAUUAAAGGUUGUAAAACUUAAAAAAGGAAGGUUUCACUUGAUUUUGAUUAAAGUCCAGCAGCAGAGCAAGCACACCAGUAGUUAGGAGUGUUUGCUGCGAGUUCUGAUAUUCAUCAAGAUUUUUCUCAGAGACACUGGAGAUGGACAAAGAGGCUUAGGUUUGAGAGCCCUGCUGUAGAGAUUGAAUUAAAAAUGAUAAACAUGUACUUUGCUUAUGAUAACUAAAAUAAUGUCACAUAAUUAAUGUGCUAAUGAUCUGUUGACAUUAAAACAUUAGAAUCAUUAUUUGUGAAGAUGUUACUUUGAACUGAA